CGAGUUGGCCCGUAAGCCUGCGCUCGCGAGGCAUCAGUGUGGGACACGUAGUGAGAAGGAGCGGGUCCCGAUGCUCCAGUCCCCGCAGCCCUGGGCGGAGAUGAAGGCGGACUCCGGCUGCCUCUGAUUUUUAAAAGCCCUUCUCAUUCAGGAGCUCGGUUGCCAAUGGUUAUCAAUAUGGCAGAUCCGUUAUCCCAAGCACCCGCGGCUGCAAAAAUGGCGUCACUGAACCGGGUCCGAGCUCUGGCGAUGAUUUUCUUGACUGUCACUGGCUGUUGUGUCACCCCGACAAGUGGCAAGGACGGGUCCGAGGAGACCGUCAUCAUCGGGCUCCGGCUGGAGGACACGGACGACAUUUCCUUCAUGGACCGGGGCUACCUGCGGGUGAGCGAGCGGUCCCGGGUCAAGCUGCGGGUGUACGGGCAGAACAUCAACAACGAGACCUGGUCCAAGAUCGCCUUCACGGAACACGAGCGGAGCCGGGCGGUGGGGAGCCUUGACAGCUCCUCGGGGGAGAACCAGAGCCAGGAGGACUCGUCCGGCUCGCAUCCCUGCGGCAUUAGGACUUCGGAUAUCAUUAUAUCGCCCAACAUGAUCCUGAACCGAAAGACAUCCGGAAUAGUUGAAAUCGAGGUCAAACCGCUGCGGAAGACGGAGAGGAGUAAAGCCUAUUACCUCUGCAUCGCCACCUCGACCCCGGCCGCGGCCGGGGUGCACGACCCGUGGACGGAGAACACCUGGAUCUACCACGACGGGGAUGACACCAAAGUGAUCGUGGUGGAGGAGAAAAAGUUUCUGCUGCCGUUCUGGCUGCAGGUGAUCUUCAUCUCCAUGCUGCUGUGCCUGUCCGGGAUGUUCAGCGGGCUCAACCUGGGGCUCAUGGCUCUGGACCCCAUGGAGCUCCAGAUCGUCCAGAACUGCGGCACGGAGAGGGAGAAGAACUACGCCAAAAAGAUCGAGCCGGUCCGGAGCCAGGGGAAUUACCUGCUGUGCUCUCUUCUGCUGGGCAACGUGCUGGUGAACACCACCCUGACCAUCCUGCUGGACGACAUCGCGGGCUCGGGGCUGAUCGCGGUGGUCAUGUCCACCAUCGGGAUCGUCAUCUUCGGGGAGAUCGUGCCGCAGGCCAUCUGCUCCAGGCACGGCCUGGCCGUGGGCGCCAACACCAUCUUCCUCACCAAGUUCUUCAUGCUGCUCACCUUCCCCGCCUCGUACCCGGUGAGCAAGCUGCUGGACUACCUGCUCGGACAGGAGAUCGGGACCGUGUACAACCGGGAGAAGCUGCUGGAGAUGCUGCGCGUGACGGACCCGUACAACGACCUGGUGAAGGAGGAGCUGAACAUCAUCCAGGGCGCGCUGGAGCUCAGGACUAAGACCGUGGAGGACGUGAUGACCCCGCUCAGGGACUGCUUCAUGAUCCCCGGGGACGCCACCCUGGACUUCAACACCAUGUCCGAGAUCAUGAAGAGCGGCUACACGCGCAUCCCGGUGUUCGAGGGCGAGAGGUCCAACAUCGUGGACCUGCUCUUCGUCAAGGACCUGGCCUUCGUGGACCCGGAUGAUUGCACCCCGCUCAAAACCAUCACUAAGUUUUACAGCCACCCGUUGCACUUUGUGUUCAAUGACACCAAGCUGGAUGCGAUGCUGGAGGAGUUUAAGAAAGGAAAAUCCCACCUGGCCAUCGUGCAGAGGGUGAACAACGAGGGCGAGGGCGACCCUUUUUACGAGGUUCUGGGCAUCGUGACCCUGGAGGACGUCAUCGAGGAAAUCAUCAAGUCAGAGAUCCUGGAUGAGACCGACUUGUACACUGACAACAAGACGAAGAAGAAAAUCACCCAUCGGGAGAGGAAGCAAGAUUUCUCGGCCUUCAAGCCUACUGACAAUGAAAUGAAGGUUAAAAUAUCACCUCAGCUUCUGCUGGCUACCCUGCGUUUCCUAGCAACAGAGGUGGAGCCCUUCGCGCCGGUGCAGAUGUCGGAGAAGAUCCUCCUGCGCCUGCUGAAGCACCCCAACGUCAUCCAGGAGCUGAAGUACGACGAGAAGAACAAGCGGGCCGUGGAGCACUACCUCUUCCACCGGAACAAGCCCGUGGAUUAUUUCAUCCUCAUCCUGCAGGGGAAAGUGGAGGUGGAGGCAGGAAAAGAGGGGAUGAAGUUUGAGGCGGGGCCCUUCUCUUUCUACGGGAUGAUGGCGCUGACCACCUCGCCAGUGCCUCUCUCCCUGUCUCGGACGUUUGCGGUCAGUAGAGCUGAAUCAUUAGCGGGAUCUCCAGAGAAUAAAUCUCCUCCGCGGCCGUUUGGACUCAACCACUCGGACUCGCUGAACCGCAGCGAGCGGCUGGACGCCAUCACCCCGACGCUGGGCAGCAGCAACAACCAGCUCAACUCCUUCCUGCACAUCUACGUGCCCGACUACUCCGUCAGGGCGCGCUCCGACCUGCAGUUCAUCAAGGUAACGCGGCAGCAGUACCAGAACGCCGUCAUGGCGUCGCGGAUGGACAAGACGCCUCAGUCCACGGACAGCGAGUUCACCAAGAUCGAGCUGACGCUGACGGAGCUCCACGACGGCGUGGAGCCCCCCGCCGCCGUGGUGACGGGCGUGGCCGGCGGCGCCGUGGCCGUGGCCGUGGCCAACGAGACUGCCCACCUGCUCAGCCAGCAGCAGAACUGUGUGGGCCUGAGCAGGAGCAACCACAGCAGCGCCCACAACGAGGGGCCCAUCUAGCAGCCGCCCGGCCCGGUGGAGGCCCGGACCCCCACCCUGUCCCGCGGACACGCGCGCACGCACGGAGCAGCGGCCGGAGCUGGACAUGAGGGAACGCGGGGAAGCGGAGGCGGGGGGAAGUGAGGGUUCUGCUCCGACCAGUAGCCCCCA